AUGGCGCCGCAAGAGCGAACUCCUUGUUGUGAAGAGGAUUCCCGCGAAAAUGGGACCAUAGACAACAAUCUGUCAAACAUAGAUUUAGGCAAAGGCUUUAUAAAUAAAGCCUACACGAACGACGAAGAAAAUGUAGCCAGUAAAAAAUCUGAGAAUGAAGAGAAACAUAAAAAAGUUACGGAUUUCGACGAUCUACUACCGUACGUUGGAGAAUUUGGAAUUUACCAGAAAAUACUCUUCCUUCUGAUGAUACCGUUCGCGUUUUUUGUGUCUUUUGUGUAUUUUUCACAAAUAUUCAUGACCAUUGUUCCUGAACAACAUUGGUGUUGGGUCCCCGAGUUGGCAAACUUAACUGUUGAAGAGAGACGAGCCCUUGCAAUACCGCCAAAAUCCGACGGUCCAUUCGCACACGACAGAUGUCACAUGUACUCAGCAGAUUGGUCCAAAGCCUUGGACCAAGGUCGGACCACACCAGAUGAUGAAUGGACCAUCAUACCCUGUACCCACGGCUGGGAGUACAAUAGAAGUGAUGUGCCAUAUGAAACAAUUGCUUCACAACUCGACUGGGUCUGCGAUAAAGACAACCUUCCAGCGACUGCGCAAGCUAUAUUCUUUUGUGGAGCUAUAGUUGGUGGAUUAAUAUUUGGGUGGAUAGCCGAUAAAUAUGGCAGAAUACCAGCAUUAGUUGGUACAAACCUGGUGGGCUUCGCAGCUGGUAUUGCGACGGCGUUCUGUAACACUUUUUGGUCAUUCGCUCUGUGUCGAUUUUUGGUGGGACUUGCGUUUGACAACUGCUUCACGAUGAUGUAUAUUUUAGUAUUGGAAUACGUUGGUCCCAAAUGGCGUACGUUUGUAGCUAAUAUGUCAAUAGCUAUAUUCUUUACAUUGGGUGCUAGCUUACUGCCCUGGAUAGCUUUGUGGGCGGAUGAUUGGAGAAGAUAUGCUUUGGGAAUAAGUGCACCUUUCAUCAUAGCAGCAUUUACACCAUGGUUGGUUCCUGAAAGUGCAAGAUGGUUAUUAUCGCAAGGAAAGAUAGACAAAGCCUUGAUUAUUAUGAAGAAGUUCGAGAGAAUCAAUAAGACUAAAAUACCUGAUAAAGUACUGACCGAGUUCACUGAAGCUACCCAGAAAAAAAUUAAAGAAUCUGAAGCUGAAUCAAAAACUUACUCAGUAUUAGACAUCUUCAGAACCCCUCGACUGAGGAGGAAUGCGCUUCUUCUAAUCGUGAUCUGGAUGGCCAUAUCCCUGGUCUUCGAUGGUCACGUCAGAAAUGUUGGGUCUUUAGGUCUGGAUAUCUUUUUGACAUUCACAAUUGCCACUGCUACUGAGUUUCCUGCAGAUACUUUCUUAACUAUUGUUUUAGAUCGAUGGGGAAGAAGAUGGUUAGCUUGUGGAUCUAUGGUUAUAAGCGGAGUUUUCAGUCUUCUAGCCACGGCUGUGCCUAUUGGUGCUCCUUCAGCAUCUCUAGCUAUUUUGGGACGUUUCGCGGUAAAUAUAUCUUAUAACAUCGGUCUGCAAUACGCGGCGGAGUUAUUGCCAACAGUGGUAAGAGCUCAAGGAGUGGCUUUGAUACAUAUCAUGGGAUAUGUUGCAUCUAUUGUAGCACCAUUUGUUGUUUAUUUGGCCAACAUUUCUCAAGAACUGCCUCUCUUAAUUCUUGGUGCUCUGGGUAUUGUGGGUGGAGUGAUGUGCCUCUUACUUCCAGAGACGAUGGACACAGAGAUGCCUCAGACCCUCGCUGAUGGAGAGGAAUUUGGCAAGGAUCAAAGGUUUUGGGAUAUUCCUUGUUUCCCCAGAAAAAACAAAGAGGCCAACACAGACACUCUCAGUCACCGGUCCUCGCAAGAAAAUCAUUUUAUCAGAUCCCUCCCAGCAUCCGGAUCUAGAGCAUCUGUGAGAGCCUCAACACUUCUCCAUUUAAAAAAUUUAAGCUCGAUAGAGUUUUUGGUGGAAUAUUUUGGAAUAAAAGCGUUCAAGGUUUACAAGUUAAAAUUUUCG